AUGGCUUAUCUUCACCUUCUUGCUUUGCUUCUUAUAGCAGCCUCAGCAACCUCUCUCUGUGAAAAUCCUUGCAUCCAAGAUCAAUCAAACUUAGUUUGCUGUAGUGAUUCUAUUACAACCUGCGGAGAAGCAUGCUGUCCAACGCUCUCAGAAAAUUGUGCUGAAAUCGCUCCAUCUCCUUAUUCCCUUCUUUUUCAAGAUUUCCUCUCCUUGGAUUUAAAAUCUUGCAAUAAAUACUUCUUAAUGGUAGAAACAGAAAUUCGCAUUUUUCUCUAUAAGAUCUCUACAUCGCAAAGCUGGGAUACAAUAAAGCAGCAACUUUACUUGGUGCUUAAGUACAUUCCUUAUAUGAGAGUGGAAGAAAUAAAAUGGUGAUGCCGAUGGAAAGUAAACUUCGAGGUACCAUCCUAUAUGGAGCAGGCAGGACAAAUUCUGAUGAAGCUGGAAAAAAGCCUCUAUCUCUUUUUGAAGUAGACAUUCAGGCUUCGGGAUGCCUCUAAAGGGAAGCUUGUUUCUCCCCUGAAGGUGGGCUAGACAGUUUUUAGCUACCACAUGGUCUUCUUUCAUCGGGGCCAUGACAUCUCACAGACGAUUGCUCUGCCCAAGGGAGCUGAUCCCUAGACUGGUGGCUCAGACUGUAAAUUCAAAAGGACAGACUAGUGAUUAGAUUUGGUUAUGGCGAGCAUAACCAUUUUAACUAGCUAACUAGCAUAUAUGAGAGCGUAUUGUUUUAGCUAA